AACUGUUCUGUCGCUGCGACUUAUUAACCUGCUAGUUUUUGUACAGUAUCAUCUCAAACAACUGACUGUCAAUGUAGAAAACUAUGGAUGUUAAUAAUUACACCCUUGACCACACACUGCUAUUUUAAAACUCCUUCAUGCUGACUGUGUGGAAGCAUAAUAACAUAAUAUGCAAGUAAAGUAAGUCGACUCCAAAUCUGUCUCUUUCUGUCUUGUGUUUCCUCGUUACCUUCGCAUCACCAAGGGUUUAAUUACUGCCGAGUAAACCGCAGAGAUGCCUCAUGAGGGACUACACAGAGAGAGGAGGACGAGUAAAAUCAGGUGAGACGAAAGCCGGAAAACAGAAGGUUGCCAGUAAGCCGAGCUUCAGUCACGUAGCUACUUGAUAUUAAGAUAUAAAGGGAGGAAGACACUCAGGAUGAGAUCUGUACCAACAUGAGAAGUAUGACUUGUGAGAGGGGAAGUACCGCGGUCGGAGGCGGGCAACAAAGUGUGCUUUGAUCAAAGGGGUGUGCGGUGGAUUCAUCCACAUCUUGCCUUCACUGAGCACCAUCUCCAUCCACUCACCCUCCCUCCCACCAUGAUGGGGGAUGUUGUCCCAGCUCCCCAGCAGGGGGACCCAGCUGCUGCAGCACCCAGCCUCAGCAGCGCCCCUGCGGAGCCCAUGGAUGUGGAGUGUCCCAUCUGCUACCAGGAGUACAACCGGUACAACAAAUGCCCCCGGAUGCUGGACUGUAUGCAUGUUUUCUGCACCGAGUGCCUCCAGAGGAUCCAGCUCUGCCCCAGCGAGCCCCCCGACCCCUGCAGCCCAUCAGCCAUCCCCUGCCCCCUCUGCCGCCACCUCACCCCUCUGGAGUCUGGGGACGCCCUCUCCUUACCCUGCAACUUCCGCAUACUGGCCAGGCUGCCCCCUGUGGCCUUCCGCCUGCCUGCGACCAUGGAAACACACCUGGCCACCGUCACCCAGAGAGUGGUGCUCUCCCUGGAGGGCGACAGCAGAGACACCCGCUUCAUCAUCCUGCCCACCGUCAGCCUGCGUGUGCAGCAGAUGCACCCGGACAGGCUGUACAGCAUGGCGUCGGGCCUGGUGGGUGAAGAGCAAGUCUUAGAGCAGAGCAAGAAGACACUUUUUUGGGUGCAGCUGUUGGGCGUCACCUUCUGGGUGGUGUUUGUGAUCACCUGCGUGGUCGGGGUGGUGUUUGGGCCACAUUUCAUGAACAGGAAACUUAAAUAGGAAGCAGGAUUCAACCUCUUUUUAUAGCAGAUAUAGUUGAUGAUAUUAAGUCAUGGUGUAGUCUACAGGAACGCACUGUAAGAAGUAGGUCGACACAAGACAUUUUAGAGAAUAUAAAACGUAAAUUGUUUUUCAAUUAUAUUUUUAUUAAGAUGUUUUUUGACCACUGUGGUUGUUAUUCACCCUGUAGUUAUGGGACCAACUGGAUUCUACUUUUAUUUAUAUAAUACCACCACUGUACUGCAUAUGUGUUGCUCUUUCAUUAACUAUAGACUGAUGAAGAGUGCCCUCUAGUGGUAUAUUUGGAGAUGUGUGAGCUGAGACCACAGCUGUAAAUAAAAGGGGAU